UCCCUUUUGCUGUUCCGUACACGGGCUAUAGCUAGACAAUCUGGAACGUCCAAUAAGUAGCGAACAUUUUCCCAUGUUCAUAAUACAGAUAAAACGUUACUGUGAAGUCUUCUAGAAGCUUAAAUUAUGUCUUCUGCAUUUAUUUCAACAAAAUUAAGGACGUGCGUUUCUCUCCUCUGUCAAUUCUACAGCAGCUAGCAUUAGUUGCUAUCCUGCUUUGACAUUGUAAACACUGACAGCUGGUUGAAGAAAACCUAAUUCUUUCGUAUGGCGUAAAAAGAUUAGCUAGCUAGACUAGUUAAUUUACGUACAAGAUAAACCUUUCAUAACAAUAGGUGAAAACAAAAACUAAUUCUGAACAUUAAAGACCUAGGCUACUUGCCUGCAUGUGUAUCUCCCUACAGCCACGAUGUCAGUCUCCCAGAUCACCCCCACUCUGUUCCUGAGUGGAAAAGAUGCUGCCAUGAACAAGGCAUUGAUCUUUAACAGGGGCAUCACCCUCAUCAUCAACGUUACCCCAGAACACACAUCCCCCUCGUACCAAGGGGUGGAAUGUCUGCAAGUGCCAGUCUCUGACCAACCACAUGCCCGACUCUGUGAUCACUUUGAGAACGUGGCAGAACGCAUCCACGGCAACCAGACGGGCAGCACGCUGGUUCACUGCGCUGCGGGCAUGAGCCGUUCUCCUGCUUUGGUCAUGGCUUACCUCAUGAGGUACAGAGGGGUGACACUGCGCCAGGCCCACGACUGGGUUCGCGACUGUCGUCCGUACAUCCGGCCCAAUGCUGGAUUCUGGCGCCAGCUCCUGGAGUACGAAAAGGAGCUGUACGGCAGGAACACAGUAAAAAUGACAGCCACGCCCCUUGGAGUGCUGCCCGAGGCAACGGCCUCAGAAGGGGACCCCCAGUACUGCCUGAGCUGGUGACAGACCGAUGGUUUGCACAGGCGUGUUCCACACCUGAUUUCCCAAGAAAGUAUAAUGUUCAACCCUGAAUACAUUGUUGGCUGUGUAACCCAAUGUACACCCUACCUCAUGGCUGGAAGAAGCGAGAUCUACCAUCACUGUAAAUAAAAUAACAUAAAACCAAAGUGUUCACAAAUGAAUUCCAUGUUCAUGGACUACAAAUGUUCACUUAAGGAUCCAGCUGGAGAGGCUCCUGCUCUCAUUUACGAUGAUGGAUCUACAGACUCCUUGAGCCACCUCACCUUACAUAAGCAGACCACUGGACCAUCCUACCUUGGACAGCACCCUGAAUGUUAUCCUUUUCUGAUAAUGGGUUUUGGAUUGGCAUACUGGUAUGUAAUCUAUUCAGGCCACCCCAGUAAUAGCAAUACAUCUCAGCAGCAGCACCAUUGUUCAGCCAUGACAUUUUCCUUGGAAUAUUGCCAUUCAGUAUGUAUCUGGGUCUAUGCUCUUUUCAAUAACAUCUACCAUCUGUGUUUUAAAUCACUGAUUCACUUUUCUGCACUUCAUGGUUAUGAGUCUUUGUGGAUUCUUCAGGUGGGAAUGACUGGCUGGAUACCUAAUAACUGUGUCUAUACAAAGAUUAACUGUUGGAAAAGUUUUGAGGAUUAUAAAAUUGCGUAUGUAUGAAACAAUAUGCAUGCACAAUCUUUUUAGAACAAUCCAGCCAGUACAACACAAAAAUCUGAGUGGUAAUCUGCCACAUGAACAUUUUUUCCAGCAGAAAGUAUGCUUGUGCAUUCUCCCAGAGGUUUACAAUAGCAGCAACAUACAUGUAAAGUGGUGGCUAACUAAGGGUGAACAUUUUAUAUUAAUGUUCAAAGAGGCCCUUAAAUGAAGUAGUGGGGCAGAAGUGUUGAAGUGUUGUACUUUUGAGUGGGUGGAUUCUCAUUCAGCCAAAACAAACUCAGAAAAAAGAAUCACUCAAGUAAACAAACUUGUCACAAAUUUAUUUGCUAUGUACAGGAAUGCAUAAUUGUCCACACUUGCUCUGAUAUCCAACAUGGCUGACACAGGAAAUCAUGAGAACACCCGGACAGUAUUUUGUGUAUAAAAA